AUGGCACUCCCAAAUGACUAUCUACAAACCACCUCGCCAAUAAAUUGGAAUCUAGACGACUUCGCAAAUUGGAUCGCUACCAAUCAUUCUGACGACAAGAAAAAAAUAAUCUAUUACAUGAAAACCGGUCUCAAGAAAUACAGCGAGAAUGACUCGGACAUAAAUGUAAUGAGGAAGGCAGACGAUUUGCUCAAUAGCUUAAAGACAUUAAAGGAUAAGAAGAAAAUAGCUGAGUUACAAAGUGAACAAGAAAUGCGACUUGCUGAUAUUGAAUGUUUGGCGGUCCGACAGAUGCAAAAUCACACAAAUGCAGCAAGUGUAAUCAAGUUAAAUUCUAACAAUAGAAAAGAAAUAGAGGAAGCGUAUACAAAAAUGAAAAAACGAUGUAUGUGGAGGUUGUCUUCAGGAAGAUACGUAGAAGAAGAAUUGUAUAAUCUUGGCAAAUCAUUUGAAUACGAACAUACUGUCCAUUCCUUCAUUAUGGACGUGGAUGAUAAUGAAGUGAAAACUCAUUUUUCUGAAGACGAAUUGCAUGAAAUAAAAAGCGCAUCCAGACCCGUUGUAACUCCUAUCUCAGAUGAAGUUGUCGAUUACCUCGAACAGAUAAAUGAAAAGUCGAGUUUGAGAGAAGUGAGAGAUUUCAUUAACCAAUGCGAUGAACGAUUAGGAAAGUCUUACGAUCGGUCAAAAAACCACGAUAUUGAUUAUAUUCGUUAUUCUGUUUAUUCCAUGGUGAGAGAACUAGAAAGUGGAAGUUUAAGACAGGAAAAUCUCGAAUCAUGGUAUAACUGCCAUGUAUGGACUCCGAUCGUAGAUCAAGGUUUUAGUGACAUUAAUGGAACUUCAGUAGUUAGAGGAGAAAGUACUAGUAUAGCCACGUCAAACAGAAAGAACAUUGGAAAAAAACCAAGUGAUAGAAAAAAACUUGGUCGCCGUGGUGACUGGAUUCUACGAUCAGUAGGCAAUAAAGACAAUGAUGAGUUUGGAGCCGGUGAGGCUGGAAGAAAGUUUAUUGAUGAAUAUGACACAAAAAUUUUAACUGAAUCUAAGUUAAAAUUGCCGAAGAUGCUCAAGGACAUGAUCGUCAAAUUAUUGAGUAGAGUCAAUUGGAAUAUUGAUAAAAGAAAACAAAUACAGACCGUGGGAAUAGUCCAUUCUGGGCUUUCCAUGAUGAUAUUAUAUCUGGAUAAUCCUUGUGGAUAUGUAUGUAGAUUAAAUCGGGGCGAAAUACUUGAAGUUCCGGAUGAUGAACGGUUUUUUUCUUCUGUAUUAUUGCUACUUGCUGCAGUCCUUAAUUUGAAGUCAUGUGUUCGUGAAACAAUAAAAGCUGUUCAAAACAAAGAAAUCAAUAAAUCAUCAUUCAAAAAGGCAGGUUUUUUAAAGCGAUCUCAUGACGAUGCAAUCGAGAUUACUCAUUGCACAAGCACACCUAAAAAACCAAAAAGUAGUAGAAAUUAA